GUUAGUGAUGGAGGAGAGAAGAUGGCGGAAGCGGAGUGAGUGAUUAGAUGAUUUAAGGACCAUAGUACAGCUAUGGAUACUGAACCAAACCCGGGAACAUCAUCCGUGUCAACAACAACCAGCAGUACCACCACCACCACCAUCACCACUUCCUCCUCUCGAAUGCAGCAGCCACAGAUCUCUGUCUACAGUGGUUCAGACCGACAUGCUGUACAGGUAAUUCAACAGGCAUUGCAUCGGCCCCCCAGCUCAGCUGCUCAGUACCUUCAGCAAAUGUAUGCAGCCCAACAACAGCACUUGAUGCUGCAUACUGCAGCUCUUCAGCAGCAGCAUUUAAGCAGCUCCCAGCUUCAGAGCCUUGCUGCCGUUCAGGCAAGUUUGUCCAGUGGAAGACCAUCUACAUCUCCCACAGGAAGUGUCACACAGCAGUCAAGUAUGUCCCAAACGUCUAUCAACCUCUCCACUUCUCCUACACCUGCACAGUUAAUAAGCCGUUCCCAGGCUUCCAGUUCUACCAGCGGCAGUAUUACCCAACAGACUAUGUUACUAGGGAGUACUUCCCCUACCCUAACGGCAAGCCAAGCUCAAAUGUAUCUCCGAGCUCAAAUGCUGAUUUUCACACCCGCUACCACUGUGGCUGCUGUACAGUCUGACAUUCCUGUUGUCUCGUCGUCAUCGUCAUCUUCCUGUCAGUCUGCAGCUACUCAGGUUCAGAAUUUAACAUUACGCAGCCAGAAGUUGGGUGUAUUAUCUAGCUCACAGAAUGGUCCACCAAAAAGCACUAGUCAAACUCAGUCAUUGACAAUUUGUCAUAACAAAACAACAGUGACCAGUUCUAAAAUCAGCCAACGAGAUCCUUCUCCAGAAAGUAAUAAGAAAGGAGAAAGCCCAAGCCUGGAAUCACGAAGCACAGCUGUCACCCGGACAUCAAGUAUUCACCAGUUAAUAGCACCAGCUUCAUAUUCUCCAAUUCAGCCUCAUUCUCUAAUAAAACAUCAGCAGAUUCCUCUUCAUUCACCACCUUCCAAAGUUUCCCAUCAUCAGCUGAUAUUACAACAGCAGCAACAGCAAAUUCAGCCAAUCACACUUCAGAAUUCAACUCAAGACCCACCCCCAUCCCAGCACUGUAUACCGCUCCAGAACCAUGGCCUUCCUCCAGCUCCCAGUAAUGCCCAGUCACAGCAUUGUUCACCGAUUCAGAGUCAUCCCCCUCCUUUAACAGUGUCUCCUAAUCAGUCACAGUCAGCACAGCAGUCUGUAGUGGUGUCUCCUCCACCACCUCAUUCACCAAGUCAGUCUCCUACUAUAAUAAUUCAUCCACAAGCACUUAUUCAGCCACACCCUCUUGUGUCAUCAGCUCUCCAGCCAGGGCCGAAUUUGCAGCAGUCCACUGCUAAUCAGGUGCAACCUACAGCACAGUUGAAUCUUCCAUCCCAUCUUCCACUUCCGGCUUCUCCUGUUGUACACAUUGGCCCAGUUCAGCAGUCUGCCUUGGUAUCCCCAGGCCAGCAGAUUGUCUCUCCAUCACACCAGCAAUAUUCAUCCCUGCAGUCCUCUCCAAUCCCAAUUGCAAGUCCUCCACAGAUGUCAACAUCUCCUCCAGCUCAGAUUCCACCACUGCCCUUGCAGUCUAUGCAGUCUUUACAAGUGCAGCCUGAAAUUCUGUCCCAGGGCCAGGUUUUGGUGCAGAAUGCUUUGGUGUCAGAAGAGGAACUUCCAGCUGCAGAAGCUUUGGUCCAGUUGCCAUUUCAGACUCUUCCUCCUCCACAGACUGUUGCGGUAAACCUGCAAGUGCAACCACCAGCACCUGUUGAUCCACCAGUGGGAAUGCAUUUGAACCAGUGUCAUCUGCACAAAGUUUUUUCUCUUAAGGUUUAUCAGGUAGAAGAUGUGUGUGAAGAAGAAAUGCCAGAAGAGUCAGAUGAAUGUGUCCGGAUGGAUAGAACCCCACCACCACCCACUUUGUCUCCAGCAGCUAUAACUGUGGGGAGAGGAGAAGAUUUGACUUCUGAACAUCCUUUGUUAGAGCAAGUGGAAUUACCUGCUGUGGCAUCAGUCAGUGCUUCAGUAAUUAAAUCUCCAUCAGAUCCCUCACAUGUUUCUGUUCCACCACCUCCAUUGUUACUUCCAGCUGCCACCACAAGGAGUACCAGUACAUCUAUGCACAGUAGCAUUCCCAGUAUAGAGAACAAACCUCCACAGGCUAUUGUUAAACCACAGAUCCUAACCCAUGUUAUUGAAGGCUUUGUGAUUCAGGAGGGAUUGGAGCCAUUUCCUGUGAGUCGUUCCUCUUUGCUAAUAGAACAACCUGUGAAAAAACGGCCUCUUUUGGAUAAUCAGGUGAUAAAUUCAGUGUGUGUUCAGCCAGAGCUACAGAAUAAUACAAAACAUGCAGAUAAUUCAUCUGACACAGAGAUGGAAGACAUGAUUGCUGAAGAGACAUUAGAAGAAAUGGACAGUGAGUUGCUCAAGUGUGAAUUCUGUGGGAAAAUGGGAUAUGCUAAUGAAUUUUUGCGGUCAAAACGAUUCUGCACUAUGUCAUGUGCCAAAAGGUACAAUGUUAGCUGUUCUAAAAAAUUUGCACUUAGUCGUUGGAAUCGUAAGCCUGAUAAUCAAAGUCUUGGGCAUCGUGGCCGUCGUCCAAGUGGCCCUGAUGGGGCAGCGAGAGAACAUGUCCUUAGGCAGCUUCCAAUUACUUAUCCAUCUGCAGAAGAAGACUUGGCUUCUCAUGAAGAUUCUGUGCCAUCUGCUAUGACAACUCGUCUGCGCAGGCAGAGUGAGCGGGAAAGAGAACGUGAGCUUCGGGAUGUGAGAAUUCGGAAAAUGCCUGAGAACAGUGACUUGCUACCAGUUGCACAAACAGAGCCAUCUAUAUGGACAGUUGAUGAUGUCUGGGCCUUCAUCCAUUCUUUGCCUGGCUGCCAGGAUAUCGCAGAUGAAUUCAGAGCACAGGAGAUUGAUGGACAGGCCCUUCUCUUGCUAAAAGAAGACCAUCUCAUGAGUGCAAUGAAUAUCAAGCUAGGCCCAGCCCUGAAGAUCUGUGCACGCAUCAACUCUCUGAAGGAAUCUUAACAGGAACAUGAAGCCUUGAUAAAACAGCAGUUUUACUCUUCUCACACGAACUUGUAAGGUAAAGGCCUAACUUGGUCUAGAAUAUGACACUUACUGUGGUGGAUAGCCAAGCACAUUGGGAUCUCCACAUCGAAUACUGACAUUUCUUCUACAGGUAUAAUAAUUCAUCAUACAUUUUCAUAAUUAACAAACAUUGGUAAAAUUAAUUUUACAGGUUACAUGAAACAUUGAAAGACUUGUUAUAGAGGGCCAUGAUAUUUUUCAAAGAAAUGUGUUAUACUAGAUAAUUUUUUUAAAGGUGAUGUUUAUCAUUAAUAUAAAGAAUCCUUUUAAAAGUAAUUUAAUGAUUUACAUUUCUCCUCUUUUGAUUCGAUUUUCUUACACAUUUUUUCUACCCUAUUAGUUUUCUAAAGGUUGUCAUGAGAGGUAUGUUACGGAAUAAUUUAGUAGUCCAGUGACAGAAUCAUAUGAAAUCAGUGUACAUUUUAAAAAACAUGUCUUUUAGACAUAUGCUUUAUCUAUAAAAAAGGAAUUGUGUUCUAGUAUGAACAAUACUGAUCUGGAAAUGAGAAGAGUUAGUUUCUAUUCCAAACUUGACCAAGAAUUUGACUGAGAAAGUUUUCCUCUCAGUUUUUGUACAUUUAUUUAGAGCAGUGGUUCUCAGUGGAGGUCAGUUUUGAUCGCCAGGGGACAUCUGGCAAUGUUGAGACGUUUUGGUUGUCACAGCUUGGGAGUGGGUUCAGGGGAGGGUUGCUACUGGUGUCUAGUAGGUAAAAGCCAGAGAUGUUUCUAAAUAUCUUAGGUGCUGCACAGGACAGCACCCCUCCACUAUAAAGAAUUAUUGGUUCAAAAAUGUCGGUACUGCCAAGGUUGAGAAACUCUGAUAUAGAAGGAGUGAUAAAUAUUGUUUUCACCCAAAGGAAUACUUUUAAAGGAUGGAGCAUACUAAACAUAUAUGAUGGAAGUAUUAUUCAGAUAACAUUAAUAUUCUGCUGAAUAAUUUUUUCUAGUUUAAUCAUACUAGAAAAAGAAAAAAAGAUCUACAAAUUGUCCUAUAAAAUAAGGACUAACAUGCAAAUAAUUUAACUCUCAGAAAGUACUAAUUCAUUAUGAUUAUCUUUCAUACCUCUGUGCUCCUCUGCACUGAUGAAGGCAUAAUAUGAUUAUACCUAUGAACUAGUGCACAGCCUUUUCUGGCAAGAAAAUAGUUUGUAGCAGAUACGUGGUUGCUCUUUGGAUUUUUUUUCUAAUGUUGAACACGCUGGGACUAGCUAGAAUGCACAUUCCUACUUUACCAAACGUUUGCAUGCUUCCUGCAAAGCACUUACCAAGUGAUUUCUCUUGAAUCGUCGGAUAUAAUUUUGUAUGUACAUGUUUGAGGAAAAAAAUGUAAAGCAAAACCUUUUACUGAACAGUGUUCUAUAGGAUUAUGACACUAAAACAGAAUUGUUUGUGGAAGCCCUGAAAGCUUUAUAGUCCUGGACAUCAAAAAUUUUAUUUGAGAUGAUGAAUGUUUUGUUUUAAUCUUUUCUUAUAUUACCACGAUUGAGAUAUUUUAGUAAUUGAAGGAACAUACACAGAUAUUUGGCAGAAGUCGAGUAAGGAGGGGAAAAAAGAAGAGUCCGUGAGUUUCAGUCGUUUUCACUGCUCUUUUCAAGAAGAUUGUGUUGAGCUAGUAGAAGACUAAAGAUGUCACUGAAGACAUCACAGAUAUUAUAUUUAUCUUUUGGCUUUGUGUACAUUAGAGAAUGUUGAUUAUUUUUAUACAAAAAUACAGCGGGUAAUUUUUUUAAUCUUUAGAUGCCUCUUGUUUGAAUGUAUGCUUUGUGGAAUUCUUUGUGUAGUAAUGUUUUAAAAAAAGAUGUUUACUGAUAGUUACAUGUAGGAUUAGAAUAUGUAAUAUAAUAUAAGGCUCAUAUUCCAGACCUACGAUAGCUUGUAGUCUAUGUUACAUAUUUCUUUAUAUCACAUUUUUAAUCAUUGGAUUAAAGUUUCAAGGAAAGCUA